UUUCUGUUCUAACAAAGGAGAUACUGUCAUCUGUCGUGAUGAAUAUCCCCUCUUUGAAUGAGGGCAAUGAAAGCCUACAGCAGUUCCGUCUGUUCAACCAGAUGGCAUCGGAAGAGAAGGGAGAUGGUGCUAGAAUGACGUUUUUCGUGGGCGCGAUAGCCAUGGGCGACCUUGUGAAGAGUACCCUGGGGCCGAAGGGGAUGCACAAAAUUCUAGUUUCGUCUGGCCAGCAGGGGGAAGUGUCCGUGACCAACGACGGCGCGACCAUUCUGAAAUCUAUCAACACAAGCAACCCCGCAGCAAAGGUGCUCAUAGACAUCGCGAAGACGCAGGACACCGAGGUCGGAGAUGGCACAACAAGCGUUACCAUAUUUUGCGCCGAGUUGCUGAGAGAGGCAGAGAGAUUGUGCACACAAAAGAUUCACCCACAAACGAUUAUUGCAGGCUGGAGAAUCGCUACUCAGGUGGCUCACGAAGCACUCGAGGCCUCGGCGAAGGACAACAGCAAGGAUCCAGAGCGAUUCAAGCGCGAUUUGAUGAACAUCGCUCGAACGACGCUGAGCUCCAAGGUGCUGGGAGGAACAUACAAGGAAAUGUUCGCUGAGAUGGCGGUGCAGGCCGUCAUGCGCCUCAACGGAUCGACGGACCUCGAGAUGAUCCACGUGAUCAAGAAGCCCGGAGAGUCGCUGGCCAAGUCGUUUUUGGACGAGGGAUUUAUUUUGGAAAAGAAGAUUGGCGUUGGACAGCCGAAGAGGAUAGAAAAGGCGAAAAUUUUGAUAGCCAACACCCCGAUGGACACCGACAAAAUAAAGAUAUUCGGGUCCAGUUUGAAAGUAGACAGCACCGAACAGCUAGCUAAGAUAGAGAAUGCCGAGCGGGAUCGAAUGCUUGAAAAAUGCAAAAAAAUUAGAGACCACAACAUCAAUUGCUUUAUCAAUCGGCAGCUGAUCUACAAUUUGCCGGAGCAGUACUUCGCGGACCACGGGAUUAUGGCCAUAGAGCACGCCGACUUCGAGGGUGUGGAGAGACUGGCUCUAGUCACCGGGGGAGAGAUCGUCUCGACGUUCGAUUCCCCGAGCGAGGCCAAGCUAGGAUAUUGCGACUCAAUCGAAGAAAUCAUGAUAGGAGAAGACAAAGUUAUCCGAUUUUCCGGCGUCAAGAAGAGCGAGGCGUGCACUAUUGUCCUGCGGGGCGGAACCAAGCAAAUUUUAGACGAGGCCGAGCGAUCCCUGCACGACGCCCUCUGCGUGCUGGCCCACACGGCUGCAAACGACCAUCGCGUGGUACUGGGUGCCGGGUGUAGCGAAAUGGUCAUGGCGAACGCAGUCGAGGAGUUGGCGAAGAAGACUCCAGGAAAAAAGGCCAUGGCCAUCGAGUCAUUCGCGACCGCUCUGAGAAUGAUUCCAACCAUCAUCGCCGACAACGCGGGGUAUGACUCCGGUGAACUCGUCUCCAAGCUGAGAGCCGCGCACUAUAACGGAGAUACCACGGCGGGGCUGAGCAUGAGCAACGGCGGGGAGAUCGCGGACGUUGAAAAGCUGGGCGUCUUGGAGUCGUUCAAGCUGAAGAGCCAGGUCUUGAAAUCUGCGGCAGAAGCGGCAGAAAUGAUUCUCAGGGUCGACGAGUUGGUCACGGCGCCUCCGCGCCCUAGGAAAAAAGACCCGCGUCUAGGAUAAACGAAAAAAAAAAAAAAAAAGAGAAAAAAAAAAGAGAAAAAAAAGCAGCGGUUCCGCCAAGUCCUAAAUUCACAAAAAUGGAGGGCGAGUAAAAAGUACUUAAACAGGGGUCAUCAACGGCGCCCUUUCAUUUUUGUGCGAAAGAGGCCUUAUUUUUUUUUUUUAGAAAUAGUUGACGUAUGUACUUUUUUUUCUUGCGGCGCUUCGUCUUGGCCUUCCGGACGGCGGUGGGCGCCAGGGCCAGAGGUUCUUCCUCGAGGAGGUCGAAGUCGGACCAAGUCUUGUCGCGGAAUUUCGAGGCGAGUUCGGAGAGCUUGGACUCCAGGAUUGCCCGCCUCGGCUCGGGAAUUGACGAGAGCGCUUGAUCGAGCGUCGUCGUGUGGUCGUUGGCGGGGGAGAGUCGAGACGAGGACCGCGCGGACUCCGGUCCGGGGUCCCCUCCCUGGGCGACGUAGCAGGAAGUGGUGCCGGAAUGUCGCGCCGCGUGAGAUAGCUCGCGAACGGCUCCGAGGACGUCACCUAAGUGAAACAGGCAAAAUGCGAGGUUGUAGUGGGCUUCCGACACCUUCGAUUCGAGGAGCUGGCGCUCGAUGUCAGUCAAGAGCGGCUCAUCGGCGGAAGCGCAGGAUAGAACAAGUUUGAGCCUCUGCAGACAGAGGAGAUGAGCUUCUUUCUGCUCGGUAACCAGCUUCGAGGCGUUCUCUUGUUUCAGCUCGCGGUAAUAACUCAAAAAAUCGAAAGAGUCGUUGCGCUUCGCGUAAUCGACCAACCGCCGCAGGGAGCCCAGCGCCUCCUCGACCAUGCCGCCCUUCAUGCAGCAGUACGCUCUGUUCACCAGGAAAGAGCAAACCAGGACGUGGUCAGAUGGAUUGGACAGCUCAAUCGCGCGUCGCAAAUACUCGGCCGCCUCGCAAUAUUCACUUGCCAAAGAACCCUUCUCUACCAACUUCAUCGCCUGUCUCUGAUAACACGCCAGCAGGCUAUUCGCGCAUUUCGCGCGGUCGAACCGGUGCUCCGGAUGCGCCUCGGCAAGCUCGAGAGACCUCUCGAACCCCCCAAUCGCGGCCUCCCAGUCGCCAUGACGAGCCAAUAUCUCACCCAACAUAAAAUGCGACUGGGGCUGCGUCGGGUCCAGUCUGAUCGCCGCGUCCAUCUCCCUCACCGCAAAUUCCACGUUCCCCCUCAUGCUGUAGCACGACGCCAAAUUCUGACGAACCAAAACUUGGUCCGGCGCAAUCUCUCUCGCCCGCCUGUAAUGGUACAACGCCUGGUCGCACAAAUUCUCCUCCAUCAACAACGACCCCAGCGCCGUGUGACUCUCCACGUGCUCCGGAUUAAUCUCCAACGCGCGCGCGUAGUGAAAUCUAGCGCGGUUCAAAUCGCCUAACUCCUCUUCACUAAUGUACGCCAACUGAUAGUGAGCCACCUCGUUCCUCCC